CAUUCGAGCGCGUCGUUCAUGUUAACUCGUCUGUUUAUCGUUCGGUAUCCAAUGCGCGCAGUGUUUACAAUAGUGUUGCUUCUGAUGUUAUAAAUCAUACCAUUACAAGUGACUUGUGACUGUGCAAAUAAUUAAAUGCUUGCAUAUUGUUUGAUUAAUAAAAGUGGUGCCUAAGGAGAAGACAACUACGGCAAUCUUUGAGCUCAGCUCGGGAUAUGUGGUUAGGCGAGUAACUUCGCUGGCCGUGAUGAGGCGUGGGUGCGACUGGGUCGCGUGGCCGGUAGUGGCCAGCGGCCUUUUGCUUUUCUGCAAUCACGCAUACGCCAUUGAUAUGAUUGCGCCUGGAAUAUGUCCUUCGAUAGACAUCCGCAAUAAUCCAGAUCACAUGCAGAAACUGCAGGACUGCCGAGUGAUUGAGGGUCACCUCAACAUAGUUCUUAUGGAACGCGCCACGCCGCUAUCCUUCGCAAAUUACACAUUUCCAAAUCUACGCGAAGUUACCGGAUACAUAUUGAUAUAUAGAUUACGUGGCGUACGGAACCUUGGUGAACUGUUUCCUAAUCUAGCCGUUAUACGAGGCCUGCAGCUAUUUAAGGACUAUGCCCUCGUCAUCUUUGAUAAUGAAGGUCUUGAGUCCUUGGGUCUUCGUUCUCUUACUCGGAUCGAGAGAGGAGCGGUCCGCAUUCAGAACAAUGAUAGACUCUGUUACAUAAAUACUAUUGAUUGGUCAAAAAUAGUGAUCGACGGAAGCAAUAAUAUUAUCAGGUCAAACUAUGACACUCGCCUGUGCGGACUAUGCCCCAACGCACAAAGUCGGUUAGAGGACCAUCGGCAGCAACACUUGCAAUGUCCUGCUGAUCCAUCUGGCCAUCUUCUCUGUUGGGAUGAAAAACAUUGUCAAAAGAGAGAGUGUCCAAGCUCAUGUGGAGAGCGGGCGUGUACUGAAAAUGGCACCUGCUGCAACGCGACCUGUCUUGGUGGUUGUGAUGGACCCCAGCCAAGCGACUGUCACGUUUGUGCGAAUUUCUCUUUUCGUUAUGGUGCAGAACGAACCUGCGUCGAACGGUGUCCUGCAAACACUUAUGAGUUGGCACGACGUUGCGUAUCAGAGGAAGAAUGCCGGUCUAUGCCAAUCCCACAAGCCAUGGAUGGUCGAAGCCAGCCAAAUAUAAAGGCAUACAAGAUAUUGGAUAACAACAAAUGUGUUUACACGUGCCCCAGCGGGUAUAUGGAGACAGGGGAGCCGCACAAUUCACUAUGUAAGCCGUGUCCUGCCACUGGAUGUAAACAGGACUGCGAAGGAGGGAAAAUUGAUAGCGUCGCAUCAGCUGAGAAGUUUCGUGGCUGUACCCACAUACGAGGUGUUCUGGAGAUCGCGUUACGGGCCAGUGGAGGUAAUACAAUGGCCGUAUUAGAAAACGCUCUCGGCGCGAUUCGUGAGAUUGACGGGGCGUUAAGAGUAGUGCGCUCUUAUCCACUCGUAUCGCUCAUGUUCCUCAAGAAUCUAGAACGAAUCGGAAGAAGUACCACCGACAAGGGACAAAGUCUUCACAUCUUCAACAACCCAAACCUUGAACUGCUGUGGGAUUGGAGCACGGGCAAGAAAAUACAAAUAAUGUCGGGCCGACUUUUCAUACAUUUUAAUCCGAAGCUCUGCUUUAGCCAGAUAGAAAUGCUCAAGAAUAUGACGUUGAGCCCAAUGACAACAUUCACUGAUCUUGACGUUUCCAAAGACAACAACGGAGACCAGGCUUCUUGUUUCCAAGACUCGCUUCAUCUGAAGGUCCAUUCUCUGGUGAACCGUGUGGCGAUACUAACUUGGGACAUGUAUUGUUCGGAGGAUACUCGCAAAUUAAUCGGAUACUCCAUUUACUACAUACAGGCGGAACAUAACGUUACAUUCUAUGGACAGAGAGACGCGUGUUCGGAUACCUGGAGCGUUCUCGAUAUAACGAUUGACGAGGUCCGUAAUACAACAAAACCGUUGCCGACUAACAAAAAGAAGUUAUUGGCAAACCCUUGUAAUGACGUCCAACCUCUCUUCUACCCACUCACACAACUACAGCCGUUCACUCGAUACGCGGCCUACGUGAAAACGUACACAACAAGGGACAGGAAAGGCGCACAAAGUCCUAUAAUAUACUUCACUACUAUGCCGGGACAUCCUAGCCCACCUCGUAGUGUGACAGUAGAGAAUCUUCGAGAGCAUGCGACUAUUAUUAAAUGGCAGGCGCCGGUGAUGCCUAAUGGCACGAUUGAGUCGUACCGAAUAGAAGUACAGGCCAACACGUACAACCAGCACAAAAUAUUGACUGACAAUCUUAACUACUGUAGCAAUCCAACUGCAUUAGCCAAUAUGAUAGCGGUUCGCGGGGAGGAACCGGUCGAAAAGAAGGAGGACCGAGUGACAGGUGACGUCAAAAGUGAGACAUGCGCAUGUAAAGAGGAAAAUAAACCCAUUGUGCGUUUCAACACCGAGGCCGAAGAGGAAAGAGUCGAGAGUAUUGACUUUGAAAAUGAACUGCAGAACCAUGUGUAUGUGAAGCAAGGAAGCCGCUCAAGUCAAUCCAAUUCGAAUCGCGUGCGCCGAUCCAUUGACACCUCAGUGAACAGCAUGCUUGUCAUCCUCAGCGAAAUUCACGAACCGCGUCUCGGAUACAACUACACCAACGAAACUGAUGGAGGCUACGUAAAGUCCCUAUACUAUGAGGUGGGUGGGAAUCAGCGGUCGAUAUUCGUGGAAAACCUUCGCCACUUCACAUGGUAUACGGUCAACGUAUGGGCGUGUCGUAAGAAGCACGACAACGAAACAGUCGACGAUUACAAUGAGUCGUGGUGUUCAGAACGGGCAUUCUACAAUUUCCGCACUUUAGAAAAACUAAACGCCGAUAUUGUAAGCAAUGUACGUGCUGAGAUUGUUAUGUCCAAUAAAACGCUUCCCGAAGUGAACGUGACGUGGACACCUCCAGAGGAUCCUAAUGGCUUUGUCGUGGCCUACAACGUCUAUCAUUCCAGGGUAGCAGAUAAUAGCCCGGAACAAUUGGAUAUUGGAUUGACAAGCUGUAUCCGAUCUGAUGAUUACGAGAAAAAUGGGCGGAGCUUCGUUAUAAGAGCCUUAGUUUCUGGCAACUACAGUAUACGCGUCACACCACUUACUGUCAGUGGAGCUGGGAAUGUCUCCUCGGACGUAUACAUUUUUAUACCGGACGCACGUGCAGAUAGUAGUUACGACUGGGUAUGGGGGGUGGUGGGGGGUUGCGCUGUUGUGGUUUGUGCGGCCGCAUUGGGCACUUGGUACGCCCGUCGCGCUCUACAAACGCAAGACAACAAUAAACUCUUCGCGCGAGUCAACCCAGAGUACGUGUCGACCGUAUACGUGCCCGAUGAGUGGGAGGUGCCGCGAUCGAGUAUCGAAUGUGUACGCGAACUAGGACAGGGCUCGUUUGGAAUGGUUUAUGAAGGUAUCGCCAAAAACUUAGAAAAAGGCAAACCGGAGACUCGGUGCGCUGUGAAAACUGUCAAUGAACAUGCCACUGACAGGGAGCGCAUCGAGUUCCUAAACGAGGCUUCAGUAAUGAAGGCUUUCGACACUUUCCACGUGGUACGCCUCCUGGGCGUGGUCUCUCGAGGACAGCCGACUUUGGUUGUGAUGGAACUGAUGGAGCAGGGAGACCUCAAGACGUACCUCCGUUCGCACAGACCUGAUGCAGAUUCUUCUUUACCCAGGAAGGGACCCGCACCAAGUCCGCCAACUUUGCAGAAUAUACUGCAGAUGGCUAUAGAGAUAGCCGACGGUAUGGCUUAUCUAUCGGCCAAAAAAUUUGUGCACCGUGACCUAGCGGCGCGCAAUUGCAUGGUCGCCGGGGACCUCACUGUAAAAGUAGGGGACUUCGGAAUGACCAGAGAUAUUUAUGAGACUGAUUAUUAUAGGAAGGGCACGAAGGGGCUCCUGCCCGUUCGUUGGAUGAGCCCUGAAAGCUUAAAGGACGGGGUGUUCUCAAGUAACACAGAUGUAUGGAGUUAUGGUGUAGUUUUAUGGGAGAUGGCGACACUUGCUAUGCAGCCCUAUCAGGGUCUGUCGAACGAGCAAGUUCUCCGUUACGUGGUAGAAGGGGGGGUAAUGGAGCGUCCGGAGCACUGCCCCGACCGUCUGUACGAGCUGAUGAAAGCCUGUUGGGCCCACAGACCCACGUCGAGACCCAGCUUCCUCCAACUAGUGGCGGAACUGGCCCCCUCAGCCCAGCCCUACUUCCGGCAUAGGUCCUUCUAUCACACGCCGCAGGGUCAAGAAAUGUACGCAAUUCAGAGGACUGCUGCAGAAGAUGAUACCGAGGUUCAGGAAAUGAACGUGGGCGCUGUAGCGAGCGGGUCCGGUUCGAACCUGUUCGGGGUGUCGGGGCGCCUGGCGUCGUGGGUGCGCGAGCUGUCGUCUCUGCGGUCGCGGACGUCGGACGACGCGGCGGCGGAGCCCUUGCAGCCCCUUCAGCCGCCCAACGGCACUCUGCCCCGGCCUCCUCCCUGUUAGCGGAACACAUAUCCCUCCACCGUAUGUUGACGUUUGCAUUUCACGACAAUCUCCAGCAGAUCUUAAUGUCGAUUCGAGAAACGUAAACGACAUCAAUUUGUAUAUAUUUUAUUACUCCUGUUGACGUAUACGUCCUUGUUACUAUGAAAUUAUCGAAUUUCUUACAUAGUCUGAUGAAAUGGUGAAAUGCAAGUGUAGUGGGACGAUGCGGUGGAAAGUUGAUGUGGAGUGACGUCACGAGCGACCGUGUGUCGCGAUUUAUCUACCUCAAGCCGUAAUCCGGCUCUUCGAAUCAUAGCUGUAAGCGUAGCUAGUUAAUUUCGUUUCUAUCGCCGCGUUGUUUUAUUUAUUUUAUGUUACUGCGAGACAUUCUCACACCAGCGCAUCUCACGUCUUGCACCCGCAUAUUUCGAUAAGCAACGAUAACUAUUCCGAUAAUGCAUAUAAUAGUACAAUUCGCCGUGUGAGAGUGCAUCUUGCGACGAUAUACAAAUAUAUAUGUUCGAAAGCCGUUUUGGCUUAGUUUAGUCGAUUGCGUUGCACGACGCGAUCAGUGAGCGGACUAGUAUUCGGAUCGGCAAGUCAAUCUUCUCUGCAUUUAUAGUCAUAUUGCGCAGAGGGGCGCAUAGCAGAUGACAAAGUAGAGUAUUAAAGGCAGAGUAAAGGCGUCGUGCAGAGUAGUUCCAUAUCAGGGCCGGCGCGUGACGUUCGCCGCCCAAUGAUGAAUCCUAUAUAGUUUACCUCAGUAACAUAGUUGUAUCCAUGUCGUUUAUGACGCAGCCUAUUAUCGUUAAGUUAUCGUAUAAGGUGUAAAUGUGAAAAAUUACAUAAUUUACUACAUAAGAUCGUGUACAAAUUAUUUUUAUUUCGUUUAUAGUUAACUUUUCCGCAUAGUGCGUCCAUAUGAAGUGGCAAUGCUGUCGGUCAUUUUGUUUUAGUGUGUGAGUAGUGUGCUAGUCACGAAGAGGGGCAUGGUCAGGCGACCACUCCGCUCCUUGACUAAAUACUAGGCAUUGCCGCGAGAACUCAGACUAUAUCGAAUCCAAAAACAUUUUAUUCGCGAAGUUCAUCGCGAAUCCUCAUUUUCAGGACUGCCAGUCGCGUCAGAUCAUAUUGUACCACUAUAUUUCGAGAUUAUACAAAAUUGUAUUUAGAUACCUAUAUAUUUUAUUCAUAUAUAAAAGUAUAGAUUUGCAGCUACUCAGAAAAAGUGUUACUCUCCAUGAUCAAAGGCUAUUUUUUUCCAUACAUAAACACUAGAAAAAAUUUGUGUUGUAUGCUGUUUCCGGCAACGCACGUAGCAUAAGCAACAUUAAAUUAUAUACUAUUUGUAUACACUUAUUCGAUCUGGCAGCCCAUUUAAGUAUGAACUACAAAGCAGCUAUUCUUAAAAACAGAUAAUGUAUAAAAAUUUGUUCCAAAGACUAUUUCCACGAGUAUUUUUGUAUGCGUAUGUGGUACUAAAAUAUAGCAAUUUGCUACAAUACUAGUGAAUUGUCAAAGGUGGAUCCUGCGUGGGUGGUCCAAAGUUAUUAGUUGAUGUUUAAUUUAGAUUUAUCAUGUAAUUUGUAAUUCAAAAUCAUAUAUGUAAUUUGAAGGCCUUUUGUAAUUUACUAUCUAAAAUACUUCUAUGUUGUACACUAGUAGAACUAGUCUUUGUAACUAGUAUUUUUCGUACUCGGACGUGAUUUUCCGCCAACGAACUGGCAACACACAGAAUCUUUUUAAGUCGCGAUAGCAGCUCAUGAUGUGUUACAUUCAUAAAUAAAUUACAUUUCACAAAUCUGUUUAUUCCACCAAAGACUUUAUAUUUGGGCCAAAUUAUUAUUUUUUUAAUUUUUUAUACAAACGUAAUAUAUAUUAUAUAUCACAUAUAUUACGUUUGUAAAAACUAGCAAGUUCUACAUUUUAUUUUGUCACCCAAAUUCAUUGGUAUAACGUAUACGUGUACUCGAUACCCAAAGUCUAACUCAAAAUUCUCAAGAACAACAUAUUAUUUGUUGCCAGCUAAAAUGUAAAAUCGUAAAAUUUGUAGUAUUAAUUACUAUUAUACAUAUUAUUACGAUAUAUGAAAAAUAUACAUAUUGCUACUUUAAAAUAUAGACUAACUACGACUUCGUAAAAUGUCUAUUAUAGAAUAUUUAAAUUUUUUUUUUUUGCUAUGGUUCAAAACCAUUUCCGCGUUUGCCGAUAAUUUGUGAAUUAUGGUGUAAAAUGCGUUAAAUAUUUUUAUAGAAAAACACCAAAUUACGCACAAAAUAUUGUAAGGCAAAUGACGUAAAAUUAUUACAGAAUUUUGUAAGUUAGAUUUUCUACUGCAUACUUUUUUUUUCACUAGCUGAUUCAAUAUAAUUAAAAUAUACGCUAGAAACAUGUAAUACAUUAAAAUAUAAUAAGCCAAAGUAGACUGGGAUAUACAACAAUCAUAGACACGGACCGGUAGUGUAUAGAGGUCCGAAGCAAACCGACUUAUGUGGUUUUAAGGGUAUUAACGAGUGCCUUCAGAAAUCCAGCCUUCAAUGGAAUGCCGGAUUGUCGAUUGUGUUAGCAACAUAACAGCUAUCUAUGAAUGAUUGCACUUCACUUAUACUUUGUGUUGUAUAUCAGAUGCGUUUCACCUAUUUAUUGUUUAGAAUCAAUUUAACCACAAUUAUGAAAACGUAAGAUAAAGCCUGCAUCACGUUUUAGGGCUAUUCAUUUAGAAUAUCGCGACGAGAAGCGUUCAUUUAAAGUUCUAGAAAUGCACAUUAAAUAUCGAUGUCGAGGGCUCAAGGCACGUUGCAUUAGUCUGCACAACUUGUUUUCUUUCGCUAUUCCGUUUUGAAAGUUAAUUAAAAGAUAAAAAAAAGUUUAUUUUUGUAUUGCAUAGUGCCUUUUGCUCAAUUAAUUAAAUUGUGUAUUUAACUAUUGUAAGUACGUGUUUUUAUAUAAGAAUUUCUGUAUAAACAAGUCAGACUAGCGCUUUUCGCAAGCCGGCUGCCGCCAUGCGGCUUCAGUUCCUCUAUAGUCGAGCCCGCCGCGGAGCUCCAACGGUACAUUGUCAUAAGUGUAACAAUAUUUUCGGCAAUGUACGUUUGGCGCAACCACGGAAUGUCUCGCACAACGUUGCCUCACACAGGGUUCCCUGCGGGUUAUACAAUAGCGAAAACUGACUCAUAUUGAAUGCAACAGUAUUUGAUUUUAUUGUGAUGUCAACUGUAAGGCAGAAUUUGUACCUCAUAAUUAUUAUUGACUGAUUAUAUAAUUUCCAAAGGAUGUGUUUCUCGUGUGAUUUGUGUGCGUGUUUAAGUUCUUGUGAAGUGUGAGGGUAGCGUUGUGCUCUAUGCUCAAUUUAGAAACAAUUCACCAAACGAAUGAGAUAGUGUAUAAUUUUUAUAUUUAAUGAAAACCGAGUACCUAUUAAUAAUAAUUUUAAUAUUUAUAUUAAUAAAAAAUUAUAAAAAUAAAUUUA